AUGAAGCAGAUUUUGUCGGAAUUAGAACCGGACACAGACGCUAACACCAUAUUUGAACUAAAAGAACGUACUCAUAUGCUGUGCGCCAGGUUUCUUGGUGGCGCAUGGAAAGCCGUUAGCAUUAAAGAGUUGCACUUGCAGCGACUGAGAGGCGGUAUGAGUAACAUGUUAUUCCUGUGCCGUCUCCCAGAAGCAUGCCCUCCGUUGUCCAGCGAACCGGAUAAAGUACUUUUGCGAGUUUAUUUUAAUCCAGAAACUGAAAGCCAUCUGGUUGCGGAAUCUGUCAUAUUCACGUUAUUGUCGGAGCGUCAUCUUGGUCCAAAAUUAUAUGGAGUAUUCAGUGGCGGACGUCUGGAGGAAUAUAUUCCUUCCCGACCACUUUCUUGGAAAGAGCUUGCGUUGCCGGAAAUGUCCAGCAAAAUAGCACAGCGGCUGGUGCAGAUCCAUCAGCUGGAAGUGCCUAUCUGGAAGGAACCCGACUACAUAUGCGAUGCACUCAGUAGAUGGUUGAAGCAGCUUAUACAAACGCCAAGCGGUUCGCAGGAAUUUAUCAUCCCAAGCUGUUAUUCUGAAUUUGCUCCUCGGAGGAUCACUUGUGAGGAUAUCGCGAUCGAGUUUGAGCACCUUAAGAGGUGCAUUAGCAAAAGCAAAAGCAUCGUCACAUUCUGCCACAACGAUUUACAAGAAGGUAACAUCUUACUUCCACGAGCGAGCUCUGGUAACAUUCGCAUGCCACCGGAGAGUGAGUUGCCGCACCAUAACACACUCUGCACAACAAAUGUACCUCGCUUAGUGGUCAUCGACUUUGAAUACGCAAGCUAUAAUUACAGGGGAUUCGAUUUUGCAAAUCAUUUCGUCGAAUACUCAAUCAACUAUAAUGUCGAUGAAGCGCCGUUCUACGAGAUCGAUGAGCGUCGAUUUCCGAGUGAUCAACUCCAACUCAAUUUCUUUGUUUCUUAUUUGAAUGCACUCGAGCCGACCUCUGCGGCUGCUUAUUGCAGGAAGCAAGCGCAGGCUAUGAUUGAGGAAACGAGGCCGUUUGUUCCAGUUUCGCACUUCUUUUGGGGCGUUUGGGGUUUGCUACAAGUUGAAGUGUCUCCAGUCGAUUUCGGAUUCGCUGUACGUUUUCUUUCGGAACUUACACUGUACAAAAUCUUAAUUGCGGCGUGCAGCAGGGGCUAGUG